AUGGUGAAAACCCUAGAAACCUUCAGAGGAAUAGACAUCCUGUCCAACAAUGCCAGCAUAUUGAAUGAGAGCGAGUGGGAGAAAACUGUCUCCAUAAACCUUCUGGGUGUCAUCAAGGUAACUUACCUGGUUCUGCAGCACAUCAACAAGUCCGAUGGAGGUCGGGGAGGGGUCAUCGUCAACACAGCAUCCAUAGCAGGUCUCGGUCCUCUACUGCACUGUCCCGUCUAUACAGCCAUCAAACACGGAGUGGUCGGCUUCACUCAAGCCAUAGCAGUGAGGAAAGUUUUCUCAUGAUAAAGUUUUAUGUUUUUAUGUUUUAUACAUUGUGCUUCUGAACAGUUACCAUGUGUAUGUGUUUGUUUUUUACUAGGCUGCCUCUAAGUUUUAUUCAAACUGAACUCUUCUCCACUAUUUAAGACAAACUGGGACAAUUCUCCCACCUGGCUGAUGUAACGCAAAAAUAUGCAGACCAAAGGAUGUUGAGGCCAUUCUUAAUAAACAUAAAUCCUUUCCAUAAUUUCAUUUUCAUAAUUAAAUAACCACCAAAUCUGUCACAACUUUUCAGGUCUUUCACGGUGCAUGAAUCAAAAACUGAAGGACUGAAGAAAUUCAACUGAUUCAAACUUGCAAAACAAC